CUAACGCGAGGCGCCGUGAGUCUUUUAGCACUGCAACCGAAGCCCUACAGUCUCUACCAAAGACACGGGAUGGAAAUCCGCUACCGGGAGCUGCUUUGGAUUAACGAUUGAUGUUUGUUCGUGAUGAAUGUCUGACUUUUGAAAUCGGGUCUUCAGCUGCCUCGCCAACAUCUGAAAUGCACGCUAAAUGGAGACUUGUGAGAAGAGUUGCUGCAGGGUGCCGCAUUGCCUGGCUGCUUCAUACUAGGAUAGUGUAGCCUGAUGGAGGAUUUUGAGGCUGAUAGUCGUUUUUAGAUCUUUUCGUUUCUUGUUUUUGAGGGGGGUGCUGGGGAAGAAUGAACGACCCACUCGUGUUGUGUUAAGGGGACAAAAAGCGUUCGGCAGAUUCAGAUGCUUCUCAGUCGGAUCCCUCCCGUGCAGAGCAGGCAGGACUUUAAAGCGCUGGAAAGGCGUUUUUAGCGUCGGUGGAAACGACCAGAUGAAUGUAGGCGAGGGAAGCAGCCCAGACAUCCACAUUACAGGUGAACACGAGCCGGAAGGGUGAGUGAGACCGGUCCAGCUCUCAGAUAAAGCACGGUGGGCGCCAGUUUUACUCAGGACGGCCUCUGAAGUCUGCUAUCAUUUGGACUGAACCCAGGAGAGCACCAUAUUACAGCCUCAGAAAGUGCUGCAUUGGUGAGCAUCAUCAGCCUCUCUUCUCCGCUGUAGAUCCACCUCUCUCUCUCUCAAAUACGCGUAAGGUGGCGAGGACACAAUGACUCAUUUGCAGGCAGGCCUGUCUCCAGAAACCCUGGAGAAAGCCAAGGUGGAGCUAAAGGAGAACCCGGACACUUUACAUCAGGACAUCCAGGAGGUGAGGGACAUGAUCAUCACUCGUCCGGACAUUGGCUUUCUCAGGACAGAUGAUGCCUUCAUCCUGCGCUUCCUCAGGGCCAGGAAGUUCAACCAUUUCGAGGCGUUUCGCCUCCUGGCCCAGUACUUCGAGUACAGGCAGCAGAACCUGGACAUGUUCAAGAACCUCAAGGCCACAGACCCGGGCAUCAAGCAGGCUCUGAAAGACGGCUUCCCUGGGGUGCUGUCCAACCUGGACAGACACGGCAGGAAAAUACUCGUCCUCUUUGCUGCCAACUGGGACCAAAGCAGGUACACGUUUGUGGAUAUACUGCGAGCUAUUCUUUUGUCACUGGAGGCGAUGAUCGAAGACCCUGAGCUACAAGUUAAUGGAUUUGUGCUGAUCAUCGACUGGAGUAACUUCACUUUUAAGCAAGCUUCCAAACUGACUCCAAGUAUGCUGAGAUUGGCCAUUGAGGGCUUACAGGACAGCUUUCCAGCCAGAUUCGGAGGGAUUCAUUUUGUGAACCAGCCGUGGUACAUCCAUGCUCUGUAUACGGUCAUCAGGCCCUUCCUGAAGGACAAAACAAGAAAAAGGAUUUUCAUGCAUGGGAAUAAUCUGAAUAGUCUACACCAGCUGAUUGUGCCAGAGAUCCUGCCCUCAGAACUGGGCGGCAUGCUGCCCCCCUACGACAUGGGGACAUGGGCCAGGACGCUGCUGGACCACGCUUACGAUGAGGAAACUGACUACUGCCCCGAGUCCUACACGCUCUCAGUGAAGGACCUGGAGAAAGACCUGUCCCCAAAAACCAUGAAAAGGUCCCAGUCGGUGGUGGAGCCCGGAGUGCUUAAACGGCCAGAAAAAGUGAAAAAUGAAGAGGAGAACAUGCAGCCGCUGCUUUCGCUGGACUAAAGGCUUUGAAUUCCCCCGGCUACGAGCAAACUUCAAGCGCUGAGCAUCGGGGAGAAGUGCACCCAGUUCCACAAGCAGAGAAAAAAAAUUACAAAGGAAAAAAAUGAUGUUGAAAGGAAGAAAGAGCCGGAAGAUGAGGAGAGCCUGUGGAAACACUGGGGAGAGACAAAGUUUAAAGUGAUAUUUUUGAAGCAAAGAGCUAAUGGAAGACGUCCAUAUGUAACUGUUAAGUGCCAAUUUCAAAUCUGUAAAUACACUUCGGAUUAGGAUUUGGGGAGAGUAAUCGUGACAUGAACACGUGUAAAAGACUGCUGUGAAUAUUUCUGUAUGUGCUUUCUUGUGAUAAGUUUGUGGAGAGUGGUGUUGUAGGAGACUGGGGGGCGGGGCUUUUGGUAUUUCAAAUGUCCAAAUCACCAAGUGCAGCUCAGGAUUUAUGAUUAACGAUUAGUACGUUAAAAAAAAAAAAAAAAAAAAAAACAACAAAAAAAAGAAAAGCAUA